UUCCCCAACCAGCCGAAGCAAAAGGGAAAACGUCUUCUUUCCGGACGAAUUAUAAUUUUCCUUGCGAUUUUCGCGGAAAGUAAUUUCACUGUCAAAUUUUCCCGGGAAAACCCCAAGCACAGAGUUAUGUUGAUGGAAGACAUUUAAGGGCAUCUUUUGCUUUGAUCACGAUUUUCGUUUUCCCUGGAUGCUUCUUCCUUAUGUUCUCAAAGCCUAACCAAAACUAUAAAGCACGUUCAUUGGCUCAAGUUUAACCAUAUAUUUUGAGACUCUAACUCAAUGGGAUGGAGGGGAAUUUUAUGUUCUUCCUUUUUCUUUAUAUCCCUAGUUGAGUCCUCGAGCAGAUUAGGAGAAAUGUGGUCACUCAACCUUGGUGCUGAAUCAUCAGCAGCUUUCAGCUGGCCAAUCCUCAGUGCUAGCAUUUUCGUACUUGUUGCUCUCUUUCUCUCCAUGUACCUUAUCUUCGAGCAUUUAGCUGCAUAUAAUCAGCCAGAGGAGCAGAAGUUUCUGAUUGGUCUCAUUUUGAUGGUUCCUGUUUAUGCAUUGGAAUCGUUUUUGUCACUGUUGGACUCAAAUGCGGCCUUCAACUGCGAAGCAAUUCGGGACUGCUAUGAGGCUUUUGCACUAUAUUGUUUUGAGAGAUACCUGAUAGCCUGCUUAGGUGGUGAAGAGAGGACAAUUGAAUUUAUGGAGAGUAAGAGCGUAGUCGAUUCGAGCACACCUCUUUUGAAAGAAGCUUAUGCUUAUGGAGUUGUAGAGCAUCCUUUCCCACUGAAUUGCCUCAUAGGAGACUGGCCUCUUGGCUCCACAUUCUACCAUGCUGUGAAAGUUGGCAUCGUUCAGUAUAUGAUAGUGAAAUUGAUCUGCGCUUUGCUAGCAAUGAUUCUUGAGACUUGUGGUGUUUAUGGAGAAGGGAAAUUUGACUGGAGAUAUGGCUAUCCGUACUUGGCAGUUGUUCUGAAUUUUAGUCAGACAUGGGCCCUAUAUUGCCUUGUACAGUUUUACUCCGUCAUUAAAGACAAAUUACAACCCAUUAAACCCUUGGCGAAGUUUCUGACUUUCAAGUCAAUUGUGUUCUUGACAUGGUGGCAAGGUGUCGCUGUUGCAUUUCUUUUCUCUAUGGGUGCCUUCAAAGGGUCAUUGGCUCAGGAGCUGAAAACUCGGAUACAAGACUACAUCAUAUGCAUAGAGAUGGGUGUUGCUGCUGUAGUCCACCUGUAUGUGUUUCCAGCUGUACCUUACAAACGUGGAGAAAGAUGUGUUCGUAAUGUUGCUGUGAUGACUGACUAUGCCUCACUGGGAGCACCUCCUGAUCCAGAAGAGGUGCGUGAUUGUGAAAGAACAACCAGAAUGCAUCUGGCAGUAGCACGGCAUGAUGAGAGAGAAAAGCGGCUGAAUUUCCCCCAGAGUGUUCGUGAUGUGAUUUUUGGAAGUGGAGAAAUUAUCGUUGAUGACAUGAAGUAUACAGUUUCCCAUGUGGUAGAACCAGUGGAAAGAGGAAUUGCAAAGAUAAACAAAACCUUGCAUCAGAUAUCCGAGAAUGUGAAACGCCACGAGGAGCAGAGGAAGAGCAUCAAGGAUGAUACUUAUCUUAUCCCCUUGAACUCAUGGAAUAGAGAGUUUUCUGAAGUUCAGGACAAUCUUGUUGGAGGUAGUGUCAGUGACAGUGGCAUAGGCGGUGGUAGGAGGCAGCAGUCCCAGUCUAAAGCUUCAACGUCUCGGACUAGAGCAUGGAGAUGAUGCCAACAACUGUACGUAAGACGAACACGAGUGAAUUAUAAAUGUUGUGAUUUCGGCGUGAUUUUUAGACGACGUCGUUAUACUUGCGCUGGCCGGAAGAGUUGGUGGUUUAUGGAGGUAGCUCGUCAACAGGACUAACGACAUUCAUGAAUUUCGGAUCAAGAAUGGAUUGUUUCUUUGAUCAGCGGUGGGGGGUACAGAAUGAUGGAGCGAUGGAUAGACAUACUGACAGAGGUAAUGCCAUUUUGACUGUGUGAACGUAUCUCCAAGCCACAAAACAAUUUGAAUACAACCUUUGAAAAUAAAAUUUGAAUUUCGGUAUAGAAUGUGUUUAUAUUAGCACGUGUUAUCGCUUUUUUGAGACAAACUAAUCUUCUCUUUGUGAAUUCGUUUGAAAGAAAGAAAUCUUAAAAGUAAUUUUGCACAUAAUACUU